CCCGGGUGGCUGGCCGCUUUCCACGCACCUGCACCUGCGCAGCACUCCCGGACGCUGUUUUGGAGGAGAGACUUCUCUUACGGUAAUCGGCUCCCUUGCGGGAUGCCUACGUACUCCAUGUAAACCCGGGACUUCCCUUCAUUGAGAUACGCGGGACUUCGCUCCGUCCCCAGCCCGGAACCACUAGUGGGAGCACUUCGUAUCUUGAUUGACCUCUUUGGCGAUUACUUCCGCCCAGGGGCCUGGAAUACUCGAGGCCCUUGGACGGCGAACUGCGGGAAAGGCACUUCCGGUGUCUGUUGCCUAGGCGCGGGCCCGGUGGGCCGUAGGGGCGACGUGGUUGCCGUCGUCCUGCUCCCCCGUCCCGGGGGUCGAGAUGUCGCGACUCAGCUCUCCAGAGAUGGAGGGCUGCCGUAAACUCCUUGGCCUGCUGGACAACGACGAGAUCAUGGCCCUGUGCGACACCGUCACCAACCGCCUGGUGCAGCCUGAGAACCGCCAAGAUGCUGUUCAUGCAAUAUUAGUAUACAGUCAAAGUGCAGAAGAACUUCUGAGGCGUAGAAAAGUCCACCGAGACAUCAUAUUUAAGUACUUGGCAACACAGGGGAUUAUUAUACCUCCAGCUACUGAAAAACACAAUCUUAUUCAGCAUGCAAAAGAUUACUGGCAAAAGCAGUCACAACUGAAAUUGAAGGAAAUACCAGAGCCAGUUACAAAGACAGAGAACAUGCAAUUCUUUCGACAGCAGGUGAAAGAAGAUAAAAAAGCUGAAAACGUUGAUUUUCGUUGCCUAGGAGAAGAAUUCUGUCAUUGGUUCUUUGGACUUCUUAAUUCUCAAAAUCCUUUUCUGGGACCACCUCAAGAUGAAUGGGGACCACAGCACUUCUGGCAUGAUGUAAAGCUUAGGUUUUAUUACAACACAUCAGAACAAAAUGUGAUGGACUACCAUGGAGCAGAAAUUGUGAGCCUUCGUUUGCUGUCACUAGUAAAAGAAGAAUUUCUUUUUCUCAGCCCCAACCUAGAUUCACGUGGACUGAAAUGUGCAUCUUCUCCUCAUGGGCUGGUUAUGGUUGGAGUUGCUGGGACUGUCCAUCGAGGGAACACUUGUUUGGGCAUUUUUGAACAAAUUUUUGGACUCAUCCGCUGCCCUUUUGUGGAGAAUACUUGGAAAAUCAAAUUUAUCAACUUGAGAAUUGUGGGAGAGAGUUCCCUUGUUCCUGGAACAUUACCAAAACCAGCUGUUACCUUUGAACAAAGUGAUCUAGAGGCCUUUUAUAAUGUAAUCACUUUAUGUGGUACCAACGACGUACGACAUAAUGUAAAGCAGGCAUUAGAUAGUGGAACUGGGGACCAAGCUUGAUGUACUGGAAAUGAGGCACUGCUGAACAAAAGAGAACGGGUAUAUCUGACCCUCUAUAGCAUGAAGUACUGUCAGCCUAAAAGAAAUCUUCUAUACAGAAACUCUUCCAAAUACUACAUCAGUAAUGUCAAAAUGAUUUCAGAUGUGAGAAUUGACAUAUUUUAGUUGAAAUACCUUUCUGGACUACAGACUUACAUGUUAUGUGAAUACAUACCUAUUUCUGCCCCAGUUGCAACAAAUGUUCUGAAAGCUUAAUGCAAAUAAAUCCCGCUUUAGAUGUUAUAGCUAACUGUGUGCCUUAGAAACCAGGUAAUAAUUUCCUUUUACUUAGUGAAUAUUCUGUUAAUAUCUGCACUUUUAAUGUGGGAAAGGAUUAAUAAUGUUCUAGGCUUCUCCUUUUUAAGUUUCUUACUGACUUUUGUCUAACUCUGGGUAACAGUUUUACAAAUGCAUCUCACCAUAGUAUGUUUUAAAAACUAUUAAAUAUUUUAGAGAUGUUUAAUGUAAACUCAAAGCUCUCAUUUUAGAAAAUUUAGAUGACCUUUUUUUGGCAAAAAGUCCAAUAAUUUAACAGGUAAAGAAAACUUACUACCUCUUUAAAUAUUUCAGAAACAUUUUUCAAAGUUACCAGCUGUAGUCCAAGCUAAAUAUCUUUUGUAAUCUGCAAUAUUUUCCAAACUGUUUUGGGUAAUGAUAAAUGCUAUUCUCAAAACAGACUUUAUUCUCACCUAGGCUUAAACCAACACUUUUAUAGAGCAUUUACUGUACUGCAAUAUAAAGGAAAUGCACUGUUGAAAUUUUAAAAGCAUGCCCAGUUCCUAACUUUUAAACGAAUUAUUAUUCUUCCUCUUGAUUGAUCUUGGCAGAGGUGACAAAAAUAAAAAAUAAACAACAAAACCACCCCAUGCAUGUAUAAUAUGGGUAUACACAUAUACGUAAGUAUACAUAGACUCCCACAUUAUAACUUAGAAUCUUUAGUUUUUUACCUUUGUGUUACUAGGUUUGAGUUGCAUGGUUGAGUUGCCAAAUUGUUGACGUGCUUGGAAGUUUAAAUUGUUCCUCACCCAGCAAUUGUUUGCUGAUCUUGGAUUUACUUAGUUCAUUUAAUUUAUAGAAGUACCAUCUGGGGAAAAAACUGAAUUGGAAAACAUGGUGAUGUAUUGUACAUUUUUUUUUUUUUUUUUGGCUCGUAACCUUGUAGGGAGACUCAUAAGAAUUUUGGAAAUAGGAGGCUAAAAACUCAUCUUUUUUGUUUUUUUAAUGCCAUGCCUCUUAUGAGGAAUAUGAAUUGAUAUGUCCUAAAAUAGGAACUUAAUAAAGGAGGGAAAUCCCUUUUGUCUGCUAUAAGAAUAGUGUAUUGUUCAGAUUUAAUUUACUGUUAUGUUGCUCUUAAAGUUUUAGGCAUUUAACCAGAACAGAGAAAAUUUUAUAACUGCUAGUUACACUAUCAUUGUAAUGUAGUUAAGUAUAAAGAAAAUAGCAGUGUGCAAAAUAAUUUCCUCUCAUAUUUUUAUAACGGUACACAAUCAGGUCACAAGUCCAUCUUUAUUCAUCCUGUACCUCAGCUUGAGUUUUGAAAGCUAGUUACCUUUUUUCCUUAGUUUGAAGUAUCAUUAUAAAGUGUAAUAGAUAAACAUGCUAAGUAAAGAAUAAAAUUAAAAACCAUUUCUGUUACUACAGAUACUUAAAAAGGGCAAUGAUUUCCUCUAGGUAUCUUUAGUAUUGUACUUUUGAGUUUGUGUAAAGUCCAAAUAAGGCUGCAAUUUCUGCACAUAGUUUUGAAUCAACCUUAAACAUUUCAAAUCUUUUUGAUAGUCUAAGAUUUUUGAUGCUGUUUUAUUUCAUGUGAAUCUCUAGAUCUGGGCACACUGUGCAGCCUAAUGUUGGAGUGAGUGCAUUAAUGAAUGAGCAAAAAGCAACUUACAUACUGUGUACAAAAGAUUUUUCUGCUUCUAGGGUUUAUCUUUGGUUCUUCUCAUCAGUGUUAGUUUUUCAGUUGCAUAGUUUCUUUGAAUUUCAUACUUGAAUACUCGGAAACUUUUAGGCCCCCAAAAUGACUCAGAUUUGGGAGGAGAAAUAUACUGACUUUAAAAGCCUAGGGGUCAAUAAGAGACCCUGAGAUUCCUGAGGCUACCUGGAAAACAUUAUAGGGGAAGUGUAUGAAGAAACAGUAUUUGGAGGAGAAAGACCUAGAGGAAUUGAAAUCUAUUAGUGAAGCUUGAAGCUUGAUCAGGCUUUUGUGAGAAUAGUCAAAAGCACAGUGCCAGGAUUGAACUCUACUUUUGCUAUAACCGCAUUAGUCUGUUUGUGCCAGGGAGUGGCAGCUAAAUAACCCAGCUUUAGUUCUCUGUUUUGAUAUACCCAACUGGUAUUUGGAAAAUCUGGAGUCAGUCAUAAAGAAGAAUACAGUACACUACACAUACUUCAUCAUAACUGGGUAGUCAAACUGGAGAGACCAUCUGGACCUUCACUUGCUGCAGGCUAAUUUGCCAUAGCCUAAAAACAGGGCAUGCAUAGUAAAUAUCCUUUUUUGUUAAAAUUAAAAAAAAUAAUAGUUACGUUAGGAUACUUUGUUAGAAUCUAGAAUACGAAAUAACAUACUUCAUGUGUCUUCUUAGCAAAAAUACCAAUAAUAAGGGGAAAAGCCAUCUUUAAUUUAUUAAAUCAACUUGCAAAUGGCAAACAAGAUAGCAGAUCUGGGUUUUCAGAAAGGUAACAUUUUUUAUACUAAAAGAGGUUUAGCUAUCUAGUAACAAUAAGAAAUUGUGAUAAUGUC